GGUUGGUUUGUGAAACUUUGCUGGGGUAAUUGUUUAGCUUGUAAUUAUCUCAUAAAAAUGUAAUGUGAUUGCUGAAAUUCCACAUGGAUCUCAAUUAUACAGACAACAUUGGAUAAUGACUUAAUGAAUUUUGAACUUUUACGCUACAUGAUCACCUGGACAUACAUUGAACUACAAUUACUUACUUUACAAUUAUGAACUUCAUACUAAUAAUCUAAAACGAGUUAUUUAAAGUUAAUAUAGAUUUCUGGAACCUUGAAUUUGGUUAGGUAGCUUAUUUUCUGUGUUUUCUGUUCUCUCCUUUUUCUUUUUAAUUUUUUUUUGAAAAAAAAAACAUAAUUAUUGUAGGUCUGUGCAGUUGGAGCGGUGUUGUUAAAAUUGCUUGCUGCUAUUGUUGGUUAUGGCUAUUCAGUCAAGCAAAAUUGCCAUUCCAUUUCGACCUCUUUUAGGUCAAUUGGUUGACUGUUUAAAUUUUCCUAAACCAAUUUAUGGUUUUAUAGAUAAGGAUAGGAACAAUGCCUGCGUUCGUAUUAGAACUAACUGUGGCAAGUCUGAAUUUGUAUUUUUCGGUGGGGAGGCUAAUACAGUUCAGGAGUCGCAAGAAAGGGUUGCUCAAAAAGCUGUGCAAAAAUUGAUGAGCCAGUUUGGGGUGCAGGUGAGUGAUUUUACAUCCGAUAGAGCAAGGAUGUAUCAGCUAUGCAAUAAGCUUUUUAAGCAUAAGGUUGUUGAGUUAUGUCGUGAGAAAGGAAUAGAGAUGCCUACUGCUCAAAAGAAUUUGGGAAAAAAACCAUCUAAUGAAGUUAUCCAUGUGACAAUUGAUUUUGUGAGCUUUUUAGGAGCUGUUGUUACAAGGACUGGAGCAGAGGUGAGUCCAUUAGAGACUAUUUGGGUUGAAGAUUUGGGUUUUGUGUCUUGGCUAACAGUGUCUUGCCCACAUAAUGGAGCUGAAAUGGAAUGCAUAUAUAGUGAUCCUUGUCCUGAGGUAACUGGUGCAAAGCAAAAGGCUGCUAAAAGAGCUAUUCAUUACCUGGUGACUAAGUAUAGCUUAGAGAUCAUUGAUGCUAAUUAUGGUGCAGCUUUGGAGAAGAGUGUUGCUUGUAAUGCUUUUAAGAGUAGGUUUUACCAGUUAAAGGAACACUUGGCUGCCAGAGAAGAAAACUUUGCUGGUGAUGAAUGCUUGACUCCUACUUCUGAAAGGUUUCGGAUACCUAAGGUUGGUGUGCCUCCACCAGCUCCAAUGAAAAGACGCUCUGCUACGCCAUUAGAUGCUGCAUCUUCUUCUACCAUUAGAGUUUCCGAGCCUUUAGUUUCUGGCAUACCUGAACUAGAGACUGUUUGGAAGCGCACAAAGUUUGCUUAGGUUAUUUGGAAUCUUAGUUUAGUAUUUUGGGUAGCAAGAUGUUUGCCUGAUUAAAGGUGUUUAGGUUUAGUAUUCACAUAUGCCUUAUAUUAUCUAGAUUUCUAUCUUUCCUUUUGUUUUAAAACUUAAGUCUAAGAGUAGUGAUUGUUGAAAUAUUUCAUUAGAAAAUAGACUUGUAUGCUGUAACUGAAAUCUAAUGUAAUGUGUAUUUUGAGUAAUUAAUGGAU